UUUCAAUUUCAGUCUGGGCUGUGACGUCACAACUUUCUCUCUCGCUCGCCCGCUCUCUCGCUCGUGCUCCCUGCCUCGCGCUCGCUCCGUGUGAAACAAAGUGUAGUGUCCGCGAGCGCCUGUAGGAAGCGAAAACCGGGGAAAGGUGAGAAUGGGGCGAAUGAACACUCACCGAGAGGAGGAAUAACAACCCAAAAAGAAAUACUAAAUCACGGUUCGGAGGAGCGGAAGCGGCGGGAAACUACAUCAAAGAAAACUUCACGGGCUGAACGGAACUCGCGGGACCAUGGAUUCACUUUUGUCGGUUUUCCUGGGACUUCUGUUUCUGUUCUCGUCGGCUGGACGUGUCUCCGGGCAGCUGCCGACAGCUCACUUGGGUCGAGCCGAAAAGGGAAGCUGCACUUUUGACGAAGGUUUCUCUCAGUGCGAUUACCAACAAGAUCCUCACGAUGACUUUGACUGGACGCACAUCAACACACAGGAAGUUCCAUACAUCUCACCAGACCUGCCGAAAGGCUCCUACAUGUACGUGGAUGUCUCUCAGCAUGAUGUCGGGCAGAAGGCCAAGUUCCAGCUGCCAGUCAUGAAGGAGAAUGACACUCACUGCAUCGACUUUAACUAUCUCCUCACCAGCGCCGACGGCUCCAGCCCCGGCACCCUCAACGUCCUGGUGAAGGUUAACAAGGGGCCGUUAGCGAAUCCCAUUUGGAAUGUGACCACGUAUACUGGUAAAGACUGGCUGAAAGCCGAACUCGCCGUGUCCACUUUCUGGCCUAACGAAUACCAGGUCAUAUUUGAAGCCGAAGUCUCGGACGGCAAAACAGGCUUCAUCGCCAUUGAUGACAUUCAGGUCCUGAGCUACCCCUGUGAUAAAUCCCCCCAUUUCCUGCGCCUUGGAGACGUGGAGGUGAAUGCGGGACAAAACGCCACAUUUCAGUGUAUCGCCACCGGGAGAGACACUUCGAGCAACAAACUCUGGCUUCAGAGGAGAAACGGAGAAGACAUCCCUGUGGCUCUGACUAAAGCCAUCAACCACAGACGGUUCGCUGCCAGCUUCCACCUGAAAGAGGUCAACGGUCAGGACCAGGAUCUGUAUCGUUGUGUUACCCAGUCAGAGCGCGGAUCUGGGGUGUCAAACUUUGCAGGUCUUAUCGUCAAAGAGCCUCCACACCCCAUCGCUCCACCCCAGCUGCUGGGCGUCGGCCCGACAUACCUGCUCAUCCAGCUCAACGCCAACUCAAUAUUUGGAGAUGGACCAAUUAUACUUAAAGAGGUUGAGUACCGGAUGACAUCAGGCAGCUGGACGGAGACCCACGCUGUGAAUUCUCCCAACUAUAAGCUGUGGCACCUGGACCCAGACACAGAGUACGAGAUUAGGGUGUUGCUGACAAGACCAGGAGAGGGGGGGACCGGAAAGCCUGGACCACCGCUCAUCACUCGUACCAAAUGUGCAGAACCCAUGCGGACGCCGAAGAGGCUUAAGAUCGCUGAGACCCGGUCUCGUCUGAUCGCUGUGGACUGGGAGUCCUUGGGUUACAACAUCACUCGCUGUCACACCUUUAACGUCACCAUCUGUUACCACUACAUGACUGCCAACAACCGCAGCAAAGCCGACUGCUUGGACAUGGACCCUAAAGCACCACGUCACCUAGUGGGAAACCUACCACCCUACACUAAUGUUAGUCUGAAAAUGAUCCUGACCAACCCUGAAGGACGCAAAGAGAGCGAUGAGACCAUCAUACAAACGGAUGAAGACGUCCCAGGUCACGUUCCCCCUCAUUCGCUGAAAGCCACUCCAUCAGAAGAGACAAUAAACCUUCACUGGAAGGAGCCAGUGGAGCCCAAUGGUGUCAUUAUUCAAUAUGAGAUCAGCUACAGCGCCAUACGCUCCUUUGACCCGUCGGUGCCCCUGCAGAGGCCUGGGCUGACUGUGUCUCUUCCGUCAAACAUCACCCACCACACCUUUUCCCAACUCCACCCGGGGGUCAUGUACCUGUUCUCCAUUCGAGCCUCGACCUCCAAAGGAUUUGGUCCAGCAUCCACACUUAAUGUGACGACCAAUAUUUCCGCUCCAACCAUAGAUGAAUAUGAUAUGACAGAAGCCUUUCUCAACGAAACGGCGACAACCAUCACUGUCCUGCUUAAACCUGCUCAAGCUAAAGGAGCACCCAUCAGUGCUUACCAGAUUGUAGUGGAAGAAAUAAAUCAUCAGCGAGAGCGUCGCCAGGCCUCCUCUGACUGUUAUAAGGUUCCAGUCUCUUACCACAGCGCAUCCAGCAGCGGAUCACCAUAUUAUUAUGCUGCACAGCUGUCCCCAAGCAACCUGCCCGAACCCAUCCCCUUCACUGUGGGAGACAACCGAACAUAUCAGGGUUUUUGGAAUCCACCGCUGGCUCCGAGGAAAAACUACAACAUCUACCUUCAAGCUGUUAGCAGCACUGAGAGGGAAACUAAAACCCAGUGUCUCAGAUUGGCGGCAAAAUAUGCUACAGAGGAGCCUGAGGUCAUCCCCGACCCGAGCAAACAGACCGACCGGGUGGUGAAAAUCGCUGGAAUCAUUGCCGGUGUUCUUGUUUUUAUUCUGCUGGUGCUGGUGGCCAUCCUGUUGGUGAAGAAGAGGAGGAGCUACUAUUCAUACUCUUAUUACCUGAAACUGGCUAAGAAACGUAAGGAUGUGAUCGGCACCACGCGGCAGGAAAUGACGCACAUGGUGAACGCCAUGGACCGCAGCUAUGCCGACCAGAGCACUUUGCAUGGAGAGGACCCCAUGGCUGUGACGUUCAUGGACUCUCACAACUACACUAACAGAUUGCCCAAUGAUCCUCUGGUUCCCACUGCCGUGUUAGUUCCGAUCACAGAUGAGAACCACAGCGGCUCGGCGGCAGAGAACAGCCGACUUCUGGAUGUUCCUCGCUAUCACUGCGAGGGAACGGAGUCUCCUUAUCAGACCGGACAGCUGCACCCCGCCAUCCGAGUGGCCGACCUGCUGCAGCACAUCAACCUCAUGAAAACGUCCGACAGCUACGGCUUUAAGGAGGAAUAUGAACUGGUGAUGCAGAGCUUCUUCGAGGGCCAGUCAGCAUCCUGGGAUGUGGCGAAAAAAGAGCAGAACCGAACCAAAAACCGCUACGGCAACAUAAUAGCAUAUGAUCAUUCAAGGGUUAUUCUGCAGCCCACAGAAGACGACCCUUCCUCCGACUACAUCAAUGCUAACUACAUCGAUGUAAGUGGAAACGCAUCGAAUGCUACUAUUGGCUCCCAACGAAACCAGCGAAACCACACCCCCUCGCUCAUUUGGCUGUACAGGGAUGGUUACCAGAGACCAAGUCACUACAUUGCUACUCAGGGUCCAGUCCACGAGACCGUCUACGACUUCUGGAGGAUGGUUUGGCAGGAGCAGUCAGCUUGCAUCGUCAUGGUAACCAAUCUGGUGGAAGUUGGGAGGGUGAAGUGCUACAAGUAUUGGCCCGAUGAUGCUGAACUGUACGGAGACUUCAAGGUGACUUUUGUGGAGGUGGAACCUCUGGCUGAAUACGUGGUUCGGACGUUUACUCUGGAGCGGCGUGGCUUCAAUGAGGUUCGGGAGGUCAAACAGUUCCACUUCACAGGCUGGCCUGAUCACGGAGUUCCGUAUCACGCCACCGGACUACUUUCCUUCAUCCGCAGAGUAAAAAUGUCCAAUCCACCGACUGCUGGACCGAUUGUGGUCCACUGCAGUGCCGGGGCAGGUCGCACGGGCUGCUUCAUCGUCAUCGACAUCAUGCUGGACAUGGCUGAGAGAGAAGGCGUGGUGGACAUCUACAACUGCGUGAAAGCUCUUCGCUCCAGGAGGAUCAACAUGGUACAGACUGAGGAGCAGUAUAUUUUCAUCCACGACGCCAUCCUGGAGGCCUGUCUUUGUGGAGAAACGGCCAUCCCAGUGUGCGAGUUCAAAGCCGCCUAUUACGAGCUGAUCCGCAUCGAUUCGCAGACAAACUCCUCCCACCUGAAGGACGAGUUUCAGACAUUAAACUCGGUGACUCCUCAGCCACAGCCAGAGGACUGCAGCAUCGCGAUGCUGCCCAGAAACCAGGAUAAGAACCGCUUUAUGGAUGGCCUUCCUCCUGACAGAUGCUUGCCUUUCCUCAUCACCAUAGAUGGAGAAAGCAGCAACUACAUCAACGCUGCUUUGAUGGAUCUGUCAGAAGAGUUUCAGAGCUACAGGCAGCCAGCGGCGCUCAUCGUUACCCAGCAUCCUUUGCCCAACACCGUCAAAGACUUUUGGCGUCUGGUUUAUGACUAUGGAUGUACCAGUCUAGUGAUGCUGAAUGAGAUUGAUUUGGUUCAGGGUUGCUCUCAGUACUGGUCAGAGGAGGGGAUGUUCCGGUACGGUCCAGUUCAGGUGGAAUGUAUGUCUUCAUUGAAGGACUGUGAUGUCAUCAGUAGACUCUUCAGAGUCUGCAACAUCACCCGGCCUCAGGAGGGCUACCUCAUGGUCCGCCAGUUCCAGUACCUGGGGUGGCCGGGGCAUCGGGACGUUCCCACCUCCAAACGCUCGUUCCUUAAACUGAUCCUUCAAGUUGACCAAUGGCAGCGCGAAGGAGAGGAGGGGGAGGGACGAACUAUUGUCCACUGUCUGAAUGGAGGUGGUCGCAGUGGAGUUUUCUGUGCCUGCAGCAUCGUUUGUGAAAUGGCGAAGAGACAAAGUGUGGUCGACGUGUUUCACGCUGUGAAGACCUUAAGGAACAGCAAACCCAACAUGGUGGACAUGCCUGAACACUACCGCUUCUGCUACGACCUGGCCCUGGAGUUCAUCGAAUCGUCCUAAGCAAAGACCACAAACACAAUCUUUCUUCUCAGCACAGACGGACCGGUCUGUAGCUUCUACUUUGCGCCCCCCUCCUCGGUCUAAAAAAAAAAGAAAGGGGCAGACUGAGCUUAUUGUGCAGUGUUGUUACGCACAGACAAAUGUGCAGACUAUUUUUGUGCUGGAGAGGACUGCAGCAGCAGCAGAGAAGACUCCCGACUCCCUUCAUGCUUACUGUACAGCUUUUUGAGUGCCAGCGGGCCCCUGUAGGUCCAAAUUCAAUGUGACCUCCUUCAUGGCAGCCCCCCUUUCCGUCGGACUUUGUGCUAUUUCAGCUGCAGUACUCAGUGUGCACUCUAGAUGUCGCCCUUCCCUCGCAGGCUGCACCCACAGCUUUUAAUGCAAGCUACGAGUUGCCAGUGGCCCCAUGUUCCCCCUCCCCAUGCUAGUAUCUGUGUAUUUUUGUCUGUGUUCUCAUCAUGGUGAUGUUUGAAUAUUUGUAUCCACGACUUUUAUACCCAAACAAGAAACCUAAAGUUCCAUCUGAACUCUGGAAGCUUCUGUUUUGACUCCAUUUUGGUGCAUUUUUAUGUGUUGAGAAUUAUUGUUUUGAAUUUUUGAAGUGAUCCGUCAGAUAAUUGAAGAGAGAUGAAGAAAAGUGUUUUGCAAAAACACUUUUUUUAAUUUAAUCUGUUUAUUUCUGUUUGCUUUUGUAGUUUUAUGUAUCGAUCUGCUGGAGAAAUAUUCUGGAGUCCUCAAACUGUAAGAUGGAAUGCAUUCACUCAGAAUCAUGUUUUAGGGCUGGGCCCAACGCACUUUCACUUCAGCCACUUCACAAACCCCCCAAACACUUCUCCUACAUUAAAAAUAACAAUAUCAGCCUUAUUUUGUUACAAAAGACGGACAUCUUUCAAAACAUGCAAAAAAAAAGUUUUAUUAGUGACUGUAAUGGAAUUGGAAGUGAGCUGACCCCUGGCGUCAUUCGUUUUGUGCACUGGUGGCCAACUCUUUUCAUCGAAAUGAUGUUAUGUUGUAGCUGAUGUUUAACCAUAAGCCAAAGACUUUGUGUAAAUAUGUCUAUACAGAUAAAGCACAUUGUUUGUAUUUAUUGUUUGUUUACUUGCAUUGCUUGUUAAGAACAAUCCUGUUUGGUUCUUUGUUUACUGCAGGCAUUGCUUUUAACCGUGUUUUGGGAAAUGGUUCAUUUCCCUUCCGUCCCUCCAGAGUAUUAUUGUGAUUUUAUGAACCCGUUCUGGUUCCUGCAGCGCUCCUAAAGGGACGUCGAAGUAAAAAAAAAAAUGAAAUAACUAGUUUCUCAUUUCCAGUUAAUAAGUUACUAUCUGGUGUGCACAUGAGAAACUAUGUUUUUUCUUGUGAGCAAAACAUAAUAACUGGUGCACACCAGUUACUAUCUGGUGUGCACCAGUUAUUAUCUGGUGUGCACGACAAACUUUUUUUUUUCAAACUGGAGAGCAAGAGAUAGUAACUAAUGCUCACCAGUUGUGAGGUUAUUGUAUGGUACGCACCAGAUAGUAACUGCUGCGCACCAGUUACUACCUUGUGCUCACCAGUUAUUAUCUCGUGCGCAUGAGAAACUAUAUGUUUUUUUGUAACUGGUGAACACGAGAUAAUAAUUAAUGUUCAUCAGUUGCUAAGUUACUAUGUGGUGUGCAUGAGAUAGUAACAGGGGCGCAUCAGUUACUAUCAGAUGGUAUAUUUUUACAAUCUCAGGUUCACCAGUAAAAAAAAAAAUACUAGUUUUUCAUGUGAACGAGGUAGUACCUGGUACGCACCAGAUACUAUCUCAUGCUCACAAGUUACUAUCUGGUGUGCACCAGAUAUUAUAUUUUUACUGUCUCAGCCUCACCAUUAGAAAAAUACUAGUUUUUCAUGUGCACGAGGUAGUACCUGGUACGCACCAGCUACUAUCUCAUGCUCACCAGUUACUUCCUGGUGUGCACCUGAUGUUAUAUUUUUACUGUCUCAAGCUCACCAUUAAAAUAAUACUAGUUUUUCAUGUGUACGAGGUAGUAACUGGUGCACACCAGCUAUUAUAUCAUACUCUCCAAAUAGUGUGCGCACCAGUUACUAUUUUGUGCUCACCAGCUACUAUCUUGUGUGCAGGAGAAACUAUUUUUUUAAUAACUGGUGAGCACGAGAUGGUAACUAAUGCACCAAACUUAAUAUCUAAUGCACACAAGAAAAUAUUAUUAUUUUUUAUUUCACUGGUGAGCACGAGAUAGUAACUGAUACACACCAAUUGCUAUCUGGUGUGCACAAAAAACUUGCAGUUUUAUUUUUGUCCUUUUUUUUUUACUGGUGAGCAUGAGAUAGCACACCAGAUACUAUCAGGUGUAUUAUUAUUUUGUUUUUACUACGAUUUCCCUGUAGGGGCUCUGUAGGUUCCUGACUUUUGAGGUUUCACCUGCUCAAUUUGGGUCCAUGAAGAAGAGUGUAGUAACUCCUGACUGAAGCUGUAUAUUAAAGCUUUUGAAGUAGUUUUCAGUAUUUUGGUGGAAUCCUGUAGUAUGGGUGUUCUCACCAUUCACGCUAUGUUUUUGUUAUUUUUUUUUAAAUUGUAUAAAAGCCCAUCAGUUCAAAUCCUGUUUCCCAUCAUUCCCGAAUACACACUAAGUAUUCAAACAGGUGUUUUAAUCUUCUAAUCCCAUAAUUCAUUGUCUUUAAUUCAUCUGAAUGCCUCUUAAGGAAGUUUUGUCAAAUAUCAGAUGUUUGGGAGGAAAAAAAAAGUUAUUAAAAAUGUUCCACGUUGUUGGAGCAGCUAAUAAAGAUGUUCGUGAGAGUAGACUAUCAUGAGGACAUAAAAGGGCUCUAUUGUUGGGUGAACAGUAGAGAUGUAAAUGAUAAAAUAUUAGUUAUGUUGUAGAUAAAGUCACAGAUUGUACUUCUGGAGAAAGAAAACUCAUUUAUAGUUUUCUGGGGAGUUUUUCUGUUGGUGAAACAUCAGCUUUUAUUUUUUAUGUUUUUGUACUUAGAAAGCAGAACUUCAGAAAUCAGUUUUAUUGCAGUCUAUUUUGCAGCAUGUAAAACCUCUGUUGUCCUUCUCCGGGGAGAAUUAUGAACAGAUUCUGCUCCUAAUUCCUCCACUGAAAAGCAGUGAAUGAUGCUGGUGUUGAAAAGAGAGGCCAGUAAAGAUUUAUUAUCUGUGGUUCAUCAAAACUCUUGUCUGUAAUGUUUGGCUUCUUUGCUGUAAUAAACCACUUCUUUAGCUAAAA